AUGAAACCAGAAACUUUAGUUAUGAAAAUAAUAGAAGCUAUGGAAACUAAUUCCCCAACCGUAAUAACUUUCAACGAUGAUGAAUCAGAUGAUGCAGAAGAUCAUACACCAAUCAUACAAGAAAUAGACGAUUUCGAAGAUAUGGUAUCUGAACAAGAUAUAACGUUUUUAUCCGACAACAACGAGGAACUACUUAAUAGAUUACGAAUAAUAUUAGCGGCCAUGAAGGAAGGACAUCGAUCAGACAGACAAUAUAAUGAAGUAAAUUGUAUAUUAAAAAGACUCCUAGAAAAAGGAAGCUACGAAUACAUAGCCAUUAACGAAUACCUAUCUGAAUAUGGAGGAAGUGUCAAUGGUAAAAACAAUAUUGAAUUCGAAGGUAAUUUGAAUCUGAACAAAAUAAAAUUGAUAUUAAGAAAUAAUAGUCAAGUUGAUUUCAACGUGGAAAAUUCAUUGAAUACGUUACUAGGAUUUGAUAAACAAAUUUGCAACCAAUCCACUUUAGCACCACACACAGCUAAUAUCGAGAAUGACAUCGAUGUCAUAAAUAUACAUUGCAAUUUGAUAAACGGUGGAUUUUUCAAUAAAUACAAACGUCAGAUUAUUUACAGUCUUCCAACAUUCACUGUACCAAUAGGAUAUAGAAUUAUAGAGAAACCAUUUCAAACAACGUAUUUACCAUUUAAUUCCUUUAUGAUUAAAGAUAUAAAUCUGGAAAUCAAAGAUGGUAAAAAUAGAUUUAUAGAUUUUGGUAACGAUGAAAUUGUUAUUCAACUUCAUUAA